CAAACAUCGCCGAUGUUUUUGAAAUGUUGUGAUCUUGUUCCUCUGUUGUUCCGUACUUUAGACUAUGUACUCCUUGAAAAAAAGAUUUCAGAUGGACAGGUAGAUACGGUAGAAACAUUCUAUGGGGAGAUGUUUUAUUCAGUGCAAGUUGGGGACACUGUAUUCGUUGUUCUCAAACGCUACCAAAAUCUACAGCCUAUCGGGUCAGGGGCCCAAGGGAUGGUUUGUGCUGCCAUAGACACUGAAACUGGAGAGAAAGUGGCCAUCAAGAAGCUCAGUCGACCUUUCCAGAAUGUCACCCAUGCAAAGAGAGCUUACCGAGAAUUGGUGUUAAUGAAGAUUGUUAAUCAUAAAAAUAUAAUUGGUUUAUUAAAUGUAUUUACUCCAGAUAGAUGUUUAGAAGACUUUAAUGACUUAUAUUUAGUUAUGGAAUUAAUGGAUGCUAGUCUUUGUCAAGUAAUUCAAAUGGAUUUAGACCAUGAGAGAUUAUCGUAUCUCCUGUAUCAGAUGUUAUGUGGAGUUAAGCAUCUCCAUGAUGCAGAUAUUAUUCAUAGGGAUCUUAAGCCUAGUAACAUAGUUGUUAAAUCAGACUGUUCACUGAAGAUAUUAGAUUUUGGUUUGGCGAGGACAGCAGGGUCAGCGUUCAUGAUGACUCCUUACGUAGUAACAAGAUAUUAUAGAGCGCCUGAGGUCAUACUGGGGAUGGGUUAUAGCGACAAUGUAGAUGUAUGGUCAAUAGGAUGUAUACUGGCCGAGAUGAUUAGAGGGCAUGUUAUGUUUCCUGGGAGUGACCAUAUUGAUCAAUGGAACAAAGUGACAGAGCAGUUAGGAACACCCUCAGAGUCAUUUCUUAACCAGCUCCAACCAUCAGUACGGAUGUACUGUACAAGAAGACCACGACAACCAGGAUAUUCAUGUGAAACUCUCUUUCCUGAUGAAUUAUUUCCACCUGGAAACAAAUUAAAAGCAGCACAAUGUAGAGAUUUACUAUCUAAAAUGCUAGUCAUAGACCCAGCUAAGAGAAUCAAUGUGGUAGAUGCUUUACAUCACCCUUAUGUUCAUGUUUGGUAUGAUGCUAGUGAAGUUGAAUGUCCUGUCAACAAAAAAUAUGAUCAUUCUAUCGAUGCUCAGGAGCAYACAGUUGAAGAAUGGAAAAAAUUAAUUUAUCAUCAAGUAUUAUCAUAUGAUAGUGGUCAGCAUGACGUCACGCCCAUGGAGGGCAAUGGUGACGUCACACAAUCUACUUCUACAUCAAGUAUAUCAUCCAGCGGGUCUGAAGCCAGAAAGAAACAGACUAAACGUAAAAAAAGAGAUCAACAGGGAACCACUUCUACUUCUGCAACAACAAUUAGUACCAGAAUCAGACAGAUGAUAAAAGGCGAUGAGGCGUGAACAAGGGCUGUGUUUUUCAACGCAGUGGAUUGUAGCAGGUGUUGCUUUCCUAACUCUGUAUCUAUAUGAAUCCAAUAUGUACUAUUUGAAUCUUAUCAUUAUAAAUGAGCUGAUUGACAYACAGGCUGCCCAACGAUUGAUUGAGAGAAAAAAAGAAUGWGCGCACGCUUUUUAUUAUAUAUCGGCGCCCGCUUUUUGGAUUACCUGUGUUAUUGUUAUUAUGCCUCACGGGAUGUAGGAAUGUAAACUAGUCGUACUUGUUUGUAUCCCGCGAGGCACGGGAUCGUGACGUGUACCACAGGUAAUCCGCAUUUCACUUAGAGCGCGCGUCGAUUAAUAAAAGCGCAGCUCGUUCUUUUCUCUCUCAAGCAAUAGUURGGMAGCCUAUGAUUGACACUGUCAAUCAAGUGCAUUGAUUCCCUGGAGAAAAGAAACAUGCUCAAGCAUAACUAGACSUCUAUUUCAAAAUAAGAAUUUUAUUUUCCGUGAACGCAACUUAACUGGUGCCACCUUGAGAGGAACAUGUAGCAAACGUUUUGCAUCAAACUAAGACAGUGGUGGCUGAGCCAGCCGUCAUAAACGACUUCUCUUUAAAUCUUAUAAAGCAAUUACGUAACUGUAAAUAUGGUAUGGUCAAAUACAAGUAGAAGACGUAGCUCCUAGGAAACGAAGAUCAUCCUUGUUUCCAGGAAACCUGGUCUUCCGUUCUACCUUUUGUAUCGGUGUCGUUAGUACCGGUAAACCAAAAAAAUCAAAUAUGGCAUACUGCAAGCUCAGUGACUGCUUUGGUUAGACGCAAAGGCUUGGCUACCUUUCAAUAUGGCGCCGGAAUCUGUAAAAUGGAGUAYUGGCUUACUUUAGUAAAGAGUCAAUUUGAUAUGAUUGGGAAAUUGAACUGGUAUGAUACUACAGAUCAACCAUGUACAUCGAAAUUAUUCAAAAUAAUUAUACAUGAUUUUUAUCUACAUAUUCAUCAAUUCCAUUUCCUAAUCAUAGGUAACAAUAACAUUACUAARAUAUAUUGUAUACAGUUUUAACCGGAAAUCUAAAUGUUAUGCUGGGAUGCCUGUUGAAAAGCUAUCAUAAUAAUGGGUUACCUGUGUCCACGCUAAUACAGGUAGCCCAAUAACGAAGAAAACUAGGUACAUGUAGAUAUGUUGGAUGAAACCUUGUAUAAUUUUAAUGUUGCAAAUAUAAAAUACUAUAUUUUGUUUAGUGUAAAGAUAAAAAAAUAAGUUUGUUGAAUUCAGUGAUAUUUUUAGGCUAAUUUUUGAUUUUAGAGAGGUUUUCAUAUAGACAGCCACUAUGUCAAUGAAAUUGUGUGCUAAGUGAACUAGGCAAAAUGGUCCGAAAACCCUCAAAUUAUCCUAGUGGGUAUAAAAAGUGUAAUUUCAUCUUCAACCGAUAAAAUAACUCAUUUUGUUUUACCUGUGAAACACAACCAAGCCGAUCAURUGAAACGCAAUAAGGGUUAUUUACACUGACACAAUCUCGUACCCAGAGCCCGCACUUUUGCUAUCCAGCGGAAGUCAAUGCGUCAGCAUGCCGCUGACAUUAGUCGUGAAGACUCUGGGCUCGAUAUUGGCAAUGACACCACUUUGUACUGGAAUGCAUUAUGGGGGAUUUGUGAUCCUCGCACUUUUUCAUGUCCGUUAAAUGAGUCCUCCAAGACUGUUGCUUUUUCUCUGCAAGAAAAGGAAGUAGUUGUGUAGUUUAUACAAAAAACCGCUUUUAAAAAGUGUGAGGAAUACAAUUCCCAUCAUCCUUUGCUGUACAAAAUGGCGUCGCUGUUGCAGUCAUAGUUAAUAAUUAUGGURAUUUUGUAGAAUAGAAAUAGCGGAUAUAUUGAUUCUCUAUAUCCGUGAAUGAUUUUUAUAACCAAAUGAUGAAAAUUGCUGCAUUAACCAAGUUAUUAGCUACUAACGUUAGACCAGUUCGACCAGUUUGUUGUGAAGUGUUUCAUUGACAUAGUGAAUGAGAUGUUGAAGUGAUGAAAUUACAGUGGCUUUCAUCAAACCUAAAACAAUGUGUGAUACACCGAAAAGAUUCGAGUUGUUUUCUCAAACUCAUGAAAUACAAUUUGGAGAACUACAAUUUAUUUACUGUAAGAGAUAAAGGAUGUUUUUUAUUCACCGUUAAACACACAGCAUCCAUUCUUCAUUGCUUUUAUGAUAUAGAAAGUCAGAGCGUUCAUAGUAUUACAUCUAUAUUAAAAUGCUCUUUAAUGUGCAAGUUUUUCUUCAGGUUUUUUCGGUGAAUCACACAAAAUUACACAUUGCGUCACCGGUUAACGAUAUAUCUAGAAAAAAACGUCUAAAGUAGUUAAGUGUAUUACGCUAAAGUAUAGUUUAAGGGUUUAUGAAAGCCACUCUAGUAUUCACCAGACUAGUGUAGACAAAAGCAAACUUCUAAGGUGUAUUAGUCUGAUGAAAGCCACUCUACACUSGAAAAAAUCGYGCACUUUAAAGGUUGUAAAUAUGAUGUAGUCAGYGGAUUUCAUAUGACUGAAAAAACAUGGUACUUUCGCGCUGUGACCGUACCGUGCCGUAGCGGUGAUGUAUUGUUAAUCCUAGAAGGCGAGGUUCCGUGAACGURCCGUGUCCGUGUUGUUAUCUGUGCCGUUGCACAGUCAUACGAAAACCGCUCUAAAUAUUAUGUAAGUGUAGUUUGAGGGGAGGGACAGGAAGCCCGAAGCGAAAACGGAUGCGAAAGGAGACUAAUGUAAGUGUCGAAAAUGUAAAUUUGAUGUUUACAUCAAAUUUACAUCAUUUCGGAGACUUACAUAAUAUUUACAUCAAAUUUACAACCUUUUAAGUGCGCGAUUUUUUCAAUGGUAUUCACCAGACUUAAGUAGACACAAAAUCACACUACUAAAGUGUGCUAGUCUGAUGUUUGACUUGUUCAAUGCUGAAUACUGAAUGUAUUCUACAAACCUGACCGUUGUAAUAAACAAUGAAAUUUCGUUUGCCGGGUUAAGUUCCUCCAGUCCGCUUAAAGAAAAAAUGUUUGUAAAAAUUCUACAUAAUUAUAUAUACUAGUAAAAAUAUAAAUAAAUA